GUGAAGUUCACCGUUCAAUACGAUUUUUCGAGUUUCAAAUUAUUCGUUUUAAUAUUAUGUCAAACAAUCAAACAUGCAGUUCAAUUUGAAAAUGCCCAUUAUAGAAUUGCGGAUAAGUUAAUACAAACCAAACAAAGAAAGUUUCGCUUAGGAUAGUCACUUCACUAAUGUUAACAGUUAUUAUCAUUUUGUGAUUGGGAAUUGGAUUUGUGAUUUGUUUCUGUUCAAAAAACGGAAACGUGUCCCUUUCUCUGGUUACAUGGUCGCUGUUACUGGCCGUCAUUGAUAUUAUACAUUUUUAAAGAAGUUUUCUACUACUGUAACAUGAAGUCGAUAUAUAGCGCAAUAAUUUUUAUAAUAUGGUCAAUAAAUACUUCUAAUUCGUCUAUAUUUGAGAGUGAUUCUUGUUAUUCCUUUGGUAGUGGAAAUGUUUUUCCCGGCGGUGCUAGGAAAAUCGAUCAUAAACUACAAUUCACUAAAGCAAUGAUAUCCAAACCGGCGCCAGAGUGGGAGGCAACUGCAGUUGUGAAUGGGGAGAUCACGCAACUUUCUUUGUCUAGUUUUAAAGGGAAAUAUUUAGUAUUUUUCUUUUAUCCUUUGGAUUUUACAUUCGUUUGUCCUACCGAAAUUUUGGCAUUUUCGGAAAGGAUUGAAGAAUUCAAGAAAAUAAAUACUGAAGUAGUGGCAUGCUCUGUUGAUUCACAUUUUACCCAUCUGGCAUGGAUUAACACACCACGGAAGGAAGGUGGUCUUGGGAAGAUAAAUAUUCCUCUGUUAAGUGACUUAACACAUUCUAUAGCUAAGGACUAUGGGGUGUACUUAGAGGAUGUAGGUCACACUCUCAGAGGGUUGUUUAUAAUUGAUGACAAAGGCAUAUUGCGACAGAUUACCAUGAAUGACCUGCCAGUGGGCCGGUCAGUAGAUGAAACCUUAAGAUUAGUUCAAGCAUUCCAGUAUACAGAUAAUCAUGGUGAAGUUUGCCCUGCUGGGUGGAAGCCAGGUCAAGAUACAAUUAUACCUAACCCAGCUGAAAAGAAAAAAUAUUUUGAAAAGGUGGCAAGAAAUUAGCAUAUUAAAAAAAAUAAUAUUAGGUUUUAACAGAUUUUUAAUAAAAGCAUAUACCAGUGUUUAAAAUUAAGGAAAAAUGGGCAAUUCUGAAUUAGAUUCUAUUUGUUAUAAGACAUAUUUUUUUAUAAAAACAAUCAUUAAUUAUACUAAUAUUUUUUUCAAAUACUCUAUUGAUGUUAAAAAAAAAUAUGUAAGUACAUAUGUAAUUUUAUUGUAAUUAUUCUUAUCAUCUUGAUAGGCUUAUCAUUGGAUUUUUAUUUCAUGAAUUUUGUCAUCAAUCAUCAAGACUGAUAUACACUAAAUGCUAUUUUUAUAAUCAUUGGUACUUUAUUUUAUUAAACAUUUUUUCUAUU